AUGAACAAAGGCGGUUUGACGUCGUUGCUGCUUGCGGUAUCCUUUCUGUGUAUUCCCUCAUGUGUGGCGAUUACGCAGCAUGCAGGUGCACCUGUGGAGCCAAUCGUAGUCGGCACGUCUCCAAUAGCGAAUAAACCCGUCAAGAAUUGGUCGGUGCACGAUGUUGAGUAUUGGAUGAAUCACACGGUGGGAUAUGCGGAGUUCAGCGGGUAUGUGCGCAAGUACCUUGUGGACGGUCCAACUUUGCUGGGGAUGGAGCCGGCUGACUUUGAGGAGCAUUUUCCCGUUGAGAAUGCGAUUCAGGUGGUGAAGCUGAUCUCACACGUGAAGCUGCUAAAAGGGCUUUGUCUUUGUGACACCGAGGAGGAGGCCGUCGUGGAUUUCUGGUCCUACUUCCGGAAGGAGAAUUUUCGGGUCUGGGUGGUGGGAGGAACCGCCGUGUUCUUUCCUCGUCUGGCGAUGCUGUACACCUUUUUCCUUGACAGCGAGCUGUACACGCUGCUCCUUGGUGUACCGACACCACAGGCGAGCGCACUCAGUGCCGCUGCACAGGGCGCAUUGAACGUUGCGACGCGAACUGUUUCCUUUUCACGCACGCUACUUUACAUACUCUCCUUCGCUGUGGCGCCAGAACUAUUUUUGGCGUACGAGGCGGCCUACCUGUCUUUAACGAAUUACUUCAUCAUGCCGGUUUUUGUGGUGCACUUCAUCAUUCAGGCAUUCAACAGCUACACAUUUCUGUUGUUCUGCUGGGGUGGCAACGCAUUUCCACCGAACACGUCGUAUCUCAAGGUGGUGUGGGAUCUGUGUUCUUACACGAUGCUCGUGCCCCCCGCCUUGCUUCUACUUUACCCUGUUCUGCCGUACGUGGUCCAGUCCCUUGUUGUCUACCUGCUGCUGGGCUACAUCGUGCUGGGGGCUAUCGGCUUCUGCGCUCUCUUCACUGAUGUACGAAAAUCCGCGCAGAACUCGUCGUGA